UCUGGUUUUCUCUCCAUAGCUGCUGUUAAGUCUGUUUUUCUUUCCACAGAUGCUGUUUGACCUGCUGAGUUUUACCAGCAUUUUCUGUUUUUACUUUUAUUUCAGUUCACAAUCAUUUGGUUUGCGUGACGAACAACAAAACCUGGAAACGCCUCACCACCAUGGCUGAAGCUUCAAUUAGGGAAGAAGAUCCAACAUCUUCAAGAAUGGGAAUGGACAUAGAUCCGAACUCCACAAUCACUGAGUUGUUGACAAAUUACGACGAUUACCAGUUGUUCAAGUUGACGACAUUCUACUGGGACAGACUACAACAGGCGAUUGAAGAAGGGGUGGAGGGACUUGCUCCCAUGUUAACAGACCAGGACUAUUUCAGUCAACAAGAAUAUCACAAAGUCACUGAGCUCACAGAGAAGGGAAACCAGGCAGAAAGUGCCAAACUUCUUCUAAAUCUGGUGAUGGAGAAAGGCUCUCAGACCCGAAGGGUGAUGUGGGAAUCCUUUGUGAAAAUGUGCCAUGGAUUACAAAAAUUGGACAAAAUAUUGAAAGAAAUAAAGGAACUUGGUUCUGAUCCAUUUGAUUAUAUAAACAUCACACAAGGUUUAUCGGAAUUACCCAGUCACCAAAAAGAUGUUCAACAGAAACACAAGGAAACACUUCAGAUACAAACUGAAACAUUGAGAGUGAACACUAUCCUAUUAAAGAAGGAUAAGAUUCUCCAGCUGGUUGAUCGAUACGUUGAGUUAACGGUCCUUUCUAAUGUUCGAGAUCAGACACUUUUAGAACAUGAACUGCUGGCAAGAGGCCGAGACCAUGAAGAGUGGAGAGAGAAACAUCUUCAUAAACAACUGGAAAAAAUCCAAAUUGAUAAAUUGUUCCGCAGCAGUUUUUUCCAGAGGCACAGUUUGCGCCACAAAAUGAUGGGACUCCUCCGCGGAUGCAAAUCUGCAUCUAGAUCUGGGAGUUCAGCAGCAGUGAGUGGAGUCCCAGGGAUUGGAAAAACAACAAUGAUACAAAAGAUUGUUUAUGACUGGGCCACAGGGAAAAUUUAUCCACACUUUCAAUUUAUUUUCAGUUUUAAAUUCCGAAAUUUGAACACUAUUAACUGCAGAAUAAACCUGAGGAAUCUGAUACUGGAUCAGUAUCCUUACUUCAGGAAUGUUCUGGGAGAUCUCUGGAAGAAUCCAGAGGGAUUGCUGUUUAUAUUCGAUGGUUUGGAUGAAUUUAAGGAGAGUAUUGAUUUUGCUGACAAUCAGAGAAAUCAGUCCAUGUGCACAGAUCCUGAAUCCUGGUGUGAAGUGUCUGACAUUGUGUACAGUUUAAUACAGCACAAGUUGCUCCCAGGAUGUUCGGUGUUAGUAACCAGCCGUCCCACUGCACUACAUUCAUUGAAAAAGGCUGAGAUCAAUGUCUGGGCUGAAAUCCUGGGAUUUGCUGGUGAUGAACGGAAGGAAUAUUUCAACAAGUUUUUUGAAGGUCAGACUGUGGCAGCAGCUGUUGUCAAACACUUGGAGGAGAACGAGAUCCUGUACACCAUGUGCUACAACCCUUCCUACUGCUGGAUCCUCGGUCUGUCACUGGGUCCCUUCUUUACACAAAGAGACAGGAAACAGCAGCAAAUUCCCAAGACCAUCACCCAACUGUAUUCCUACUAUAUUUACAACAUUCUGAAAAACCAUAGCCGAGAGAUUGAAAGCCACCAUGGUGUGUUCCUGAAGCUUGGUGAGAUGGCCUUCACAGGAGUCUCUGAGAAGAAGAUUGUGUUUAGAAAUGGAGAUUUGAUCAAGUACAACCUGCAACCUUCCCAGUUCCUGUCCGGGUUCCCGAUGGAACUUUUGGAGAGAGAUGAUUCUGUCCAGAGUGUGGUUUACACGUUCCCACACCUCACCAUCCAAGAGUUCGUAGCUGCACUCGCCCAAUUCCUAACUCCAGAUCCUGGAUACAUCAGGAAAGUCCUCCGUGAAGCCUACAGCAAAAAAGAUGGGCGAUUUGAAAUAUUUCUCCGUUUUGUUGUUGGUCUCUCUUCCCCACAGUCAGCUUGGCCCCUGGAGGAGUUUCUGGGUCCAUUUCUUCAUCAAACAACCCGUCAAGUGAUUGACUGGGUGAAGGAGAAGGUUGAAGGACAGAUUAACAACAGAGAGAGUGAAACUGAUAAAAGGGACCUCCUGAACAUAUUGCACUAUCUGUUUGAGUCUCAAAAUAAAGAACUGGCUCAGGCCACAGUGGGAUCUGUGAAAACACUUGCAUUUAGUGAAUUGCAACUGACCACAAUUGACUGUGUGGUCUUGUCUCAUGUCAUUGGACUCUGUGAUACAAUAAAACACCUUGAUCUAUUUGGCAGCUUCAUUCCGUGUGAAGGACUCCAGUGCCUGGCAUCCGUUCUGCUCAAAUGCCAGGAGUUGAGACUGAGUUGCAAUAAGCUGGGAGAUUCAGGAGUGAAACUACUGUUUGCUGCUUUGAGGAAUCCAGACUGUAAAAUACAGAAACUGCAACUGCGUUACAACAAUCUCACAGUUUCUUGUGCCAAGAAUCUCGCUUCCACUCUCAGUACAAACCAGUUACUGACGAACCUGGACCUGGGUAAUAAUAAACUGGGAGAUUCAGGAGUUAAACAACUGUCUGUGGCUCUGAGGAAUCCGGACUGUAAAAUACAGAGACUGGGGCUGGAAGAUAAUGCCCUCACAGAUUCUAGUGCCGAGGAUCUCGCCUUAGCUUUCAGUACAAACCAGUUACUGACAAAUCUAAACCUGGGUUAUAAUAAGCUGGGAGAUUCAGGAGUGAAAAUUCUGACUGUGGCUCUGAGGAAUCCAGACUGUAAAAUACAGAAACUUGGUCUUGCAAAGAAUGGACUUACAGAUUCUUGUACUGAGAAUCUUACCUCUGCCCUCAGUACAAACCAGUCACUGAUGUUUCUGAACCUGAAUUCAAACUCCUUCACAGACCAAUCUGUCUCCGCUUUCUGCCAGCUCUCUCAGUCCUGCAGGAGUCUAGAACGGAUCAUGCUGCGGGACAAUCAUUUCAGUCCAAAUGGAAAGAAACAGGUGGAGUCGCUGCAGGGAUCCAGACUGCAUGUGGCAGUGUGAACAUUUCAAUUGAUAAACAUUACUGUUCUCAUUA